AUGGCUGCGUACUCGGAGAGUGGUCCAGUGUUCUCUGCGAGAUGUGUGAAGGUAGGCUUAGAAGAAGCUGAUGUCGCGGCCCUUAAACGGGCUGGCAUCACUACUCUGGCCCGGGUAGCCUUCAUGUCAAGCUAUACGCCAGGAUCGGGCGAUGACAAGGAGCUCAUCGCCGCGUUUGAGACGGCACUUGGAGGCCCGGCAAGUUUGGGGCAGAAGGCAGCCUUUCGCAGGUUGUUCCAUGAGAGCUUUGCUGUCACUACGAGUGAAAUGCGCUCGUUGGUGGAGCGGACCGAUGAAACAGCGCCUAGGAAGCUUUCGGUGCCGGAGCGCUCCGAGAGGUUCGCUGCCAUCGUGAAGAAGUUGCCGGGGUUGGACAUCCGGAAUCGAAUGGAGCCAUCAGAUGCUCUGGUGGAUGCGUGUGUCGCCAUCUAUGAGCAGAAUCGCCUCCAGUACCUGGAGUGGGAUCGUCUGACAAGCAAAGAGCACGAGGCACAGACGAGUGCCAAGAGAGAGUCGGUCUUGUCCAUUGACAGCUCGGGGAAACUCAAGACUGAGAAGCCUGACCCGGGGCGUGCAGACACGUCCAGUGAGUUCCUCAUCCACCUUGCAUUGUCCCGUCGAGGCAUUGCUUUUGAGAUGGCGAAUCUCUUAGAUUUUGUCCAUCACAGCCGUUGGGUAGAGAAGCUUCUGAGUGCACGCUUGGACGUUGUUCCUUCCUCUCACAAUCUACCAACCUUCAUGCAGUUGCAGGCUGCAGAUCGCAAGUUGUUCCAGUGCCUUGCUGAUCAGACACGUGCCGGCCUCCAGGUCACAGCAUCGGGAAGGCCUUUGGAUCAGGUGUUCGAAGCCGCCACCUGUUCAACGGAGGUUGUCAGCUUGAUGCAGCCAUUGCCUAAGGCUGCUGGCGCUGGCUCUGAGAAAGAGCGUAAUGGGCCUUACGGCUUUCCGCCGCCCCCUCCUGGAGGGAAGGGCCGUGGAAAGGGGAAGCGAGGUAAGGCUGCCGUUCGGCAGAUGAAAAUGCCCCAGGGGCUGGAAGGCUGUCGGAGCCACACGAACGGCGGAGACCCCAUAUGUUUCGGAUACGGUCUCAAAACUUGUCGCGAGACCGUCACUCGCGGCAGGUGCCCGAAAGGCCUACAUGUCUGCGCUGUUCCGCGGUGUGGCAAAAGCCACCCUGCAACGGAUUGUCGCUGGUUCUCUGAGAAGCUCAGCCACGGUAAUGCGCCAUGGCUUUACGCAGCCGGCGAGGCAUACCGCCAGAUUGGAGCAUUGGAAUUGGUGGCAACCCUGGCAGCAGUCGUUGUCUUUGGUAUCCCGAAAGGUGCGGAAGGCACCUUUCGUUGCUCUGCUGCGACGGAUAACCAAGGCAAUAGCCGUGUUGUAGCACGUCUGCUGACUACGAAAUUUCCAUUGAAUGUCUUCUUAAUGGAGCUUGCCGCGCAGCUGCAACGCAGGAGCGCUGAGCUGGAUUUGUAUUGGCUCCCGCGUCUUCAAAACAUUGAAGCAGACGAGUUGACCAAUUCGAUCUUCCACAGAUUCGCAGAAGGCAACCGCUUGCGUUUUCAGCUGGCUGAGUUCAAAGGCAUUGUGCUGGAUUCGAUGCUGGAGGAAGGCAUGUCCUUGUACAAGGAUAUUGCAUCUUGCCGGGCGGCCAAGAGAGCCAAGCAGUCAAGCAAGCUUCCGAAGUCACAGGCCCUGCGUGCUCGGGAUCCUUGGCAGUGA